GCGCGGUCACGUGGGCUCGCGCGCGUGACCCGGAAGCGGAAAUCUCCCGCCAACCCCUCCCCUCUCCACACAUCCAGCUGGGACCAUGGAGGCGCUUCCCGAUCCGCUCUCAGCUGCGCGCGUCGGAUCCUUCGCGUAUCUCACUGUGAAGGACCGCCUGCCCAAAAUCCUCACGCAAAUUAUCGACAGACUCCAUCGGAGCCGCGCGAAGUUCCAUGAGAAGCAUGGCGAGGAAGGAAGCGAGGCCGACAAGAAGAUCAUAUCACUUCUUUCCAAACUACGUAACGAGCUUCUUACAGACAAGCCUAUUACACCCUUGACCGAUGGGCGACCUGAUGUGGGCGAGUGGAAUGCAUACCUAGAGGCACAACGGUCCCUCACAGCAAUGCCUAGCUGGUUUACCUCGGCAUGGCUUUACGUGGAGUGCUACAUGUACCGCAGAGUUCAAGAAGCCGUGGCACUUUGCCCACCGCUCAAUGAUCAUGAUGUAUUCAGUGAGCUCAAAGAGAAGAGCUUUUUUGAUUCUCAGAAAGCAAUCAUUUCAUUAUGUGAUCAUCUUGGUGAAGUUCUAAAUAAAAUAUCUGGAUUGAAUAAGGAUGAAGUGAAGAAAGAAUUUCAACAACUACUGCAGGUUUGCUUGUGGGGCAACAAGUGUGACCUCUCAAUAUCGGCUGGAAGAGACAACCCCCAAAAAGCAAGCCCACUGACUGGCUUAAACGAUCUGAAGGCCAAAAUCCUUAUUGAUGACACAGAAGCUGUGUGGGCCACACUAGAAGAUAAACUCAAAAAGAACCCAAGCAGCACACAAUGCUUUAGGCUAGACAUUGUUUUGGAUAAUGCAGGCUUUGAGCUUUUCACUGAUUUAGUAUUGGCAGAAUUUUUGUUAGCUUCCAAACUUGUGGAUCAAAUACACUUUCAUGGGAAGUGUAUGCCAUGGUUCAUUUCUGAUGUCACCAAAGAAGACGUAAAUUUUACUGUCCACCUCUUGAUGGCAAGCAAUCACCGUUGGUCUUCCAAGCUAGGAGCUGCAUGGCGUAGUCAUCUGAAGGAUGGCUCUUGGGUAUACCAUGACCACAUGUUUUGGACAUUGCCGCACGAGUACUGCAGCAUGGAGGCCAUCGCACCAGACUUGUACGCGGAGCUACAGCGAUCCAACCUCAUCCUUUUCAAAGGCGACCUCAACUAUCGCAAACUAACAGGGGAUCGGCAAUGGGAUCACACAACAGCAUUUGAGACGGCUUUGCAGGGGUUCCAUCCAUCAGCGCUUUGCAGUCUGCGUGCACUGAAGGCAGACUUGCAGGUUGGUCUGCAGCCUGGGAUGGCUGAAACGCUCACUGCUGCAGACCCUGACUGGAUGGUGUCAGGAGAAUAUGCCGUAAUACAGUUCUCUGAUGCAAAGCAGUGAUUUAUUUUUACAAAGUUACAAACCAAAUGUUCAUGCUUCAUUUAUGAUUUAAAUUUGAGCAAUAAAUCUAUGGGCUAUGACGUCAUCUAAAGGUUACCACUAAACUAAUGACUUAUCAAUGGUGUGUGAUCUGCCUUUAAACCUAGCAGUGCAUGUUUACGAAAUUAACAGAAUUUCAGUUAUAGCCAUAGAAUGCCAUCUGUAAUUGUAUAAUUGCGUGAAUAGUGAAGCUUCUAAGUUUAUGAGAAUAGUGGCAAAUAUGUUCCUAUUUUUGAAUGAAGUAUUUGAUUUACAUAUCUCAUGGUCAAUUUGCAUAUCAUUACACUGAGCAAAGUUUUUCAAUCUCUUGCACAUUUUGAAAUAUGUCUUUAAAGAAAAAACACUUGAGUAGAUGGAUUGUGGAAUACUGUAGAUUUUAUUCCAGCCAAAAUGGGUAUUCAUUUCAAUCUGUGAUCCAUUACAGUAUUAGGAUCGAUGCACUUUUAUGAUUUCUGUCACGAUUGUCAAUAUUUGACAUGCAAAAUGUGAUGCACGUUGUUUUGAAACUGGAAUGGUCAGAUUAAAUUCAUACAAGUUACACUA